AUGGCUAAGCCCAGUUUUGACGUCAAGACGGCCAUCGCCUUGUUGCCCGUCAUGACGGGGCAGGAGGAUACCACUAAACAAUUAAUAGACGGUAUUCUAAUGUACAGUUCCAUUAUUAAUAGCGAAACUCAACAGGUUUUAAUAGACUUCGUCCUAAAAACAAGACUUUCAUCUAGCGCUAAGCUCAGAUUAAAGACGUCAUAUAGUAGCGUAGAAUUACUUGUCACGGAUAUGCGCACAUUUUUACUACCUAAAAAAUCGUGUGAAUCGAUUCAGGCUCAACUAUUCAGAGCUAGGCAAGGUAGGAGAACUAUAGAGGCAUUCGGAGCCGAGAUCGAGGAUCUUUUCGUCAACCUGACCAUAUCUCAGGCCGACGGUAACGAUAGCAGGUACGACAUACUUCGUCCGCUGAACGAGAAAUCAGCCAUUAAACGGUUUGCAGACGGUCUAGCAGACCCAAAAUUAAGCACAAUAAUAUCAUCUAGGCAAUUUACGUCAUUGCCCGAAGCAAUCAGGACGGCCAUUGACGAGCACAGCUCAUCACCACAACAGGAUCAGGUCCUACAUUAUGGACGGGGACAUUCUCGUAAUAAUUACGGGAACCGGAAUGCCCACUCUGCGCGUUACAAUAGGAAUAAGGGCAGAGAUUUUAACACAGGGAAUAAAAAUACAUUCGGGACACGGUAUUAUUCCAAUAAUAACCGUAACACAGGCGACAAGCUUACCACAACAAACUUGCUGGAGCACAAAAUUAACUUAAAAGAAAAUACAAGCCCAGUAUACGUAAAACCUUACAGGAUACCACAUGCCUUACGCAAAGAACUUCAAACGCAGAUCCAAGAUAUGCUAGAUAACGACAUAAUAGAAGAGACUACUUCCGAGUGGUCCAGCCCAGUUUUGCUUGUUCCUAAAAAGAGUGAUAAGUUAGGAGAAAAGAAAUGGAGAUUGGUUGUCGACUACAGGCAACUAAAUAAUAGAAUACAGGAUGAUAAAUUCCCAUUGCCCAACAUAACAGAAAUAUUAGAUUCCCUAGCAGAUAUGGCGUACCAAGCGACGUUAUAA